AACAAAUAUUUGUUCAAUGAAUAAUUUUCUACAAUGGGAAAUCUUUAACCGCAAUGACGCCUCUGGGUUCUCAUAAUUCAUGAUUCUUAUGUAAAAAAUAUAGCAUAAUCAGUCAAGUAUCAAAUUGAACUUUAAGAACUAAAGGUGCAACAUAUCGCACAUUCAACAUGUGUGCUUAGUCGUUAAGACGUGUGAGGUACGGGACGGUUUCUACGGAUAUGUAUAAAUACUUCUGUGCUAGAAGGAAGCUCUCAGUUAAGUCCACAGCUUCGUCAUAGAACGAUAUAUCCACUGUACCAGUGAUAUUCAACAACGUGUCGACCGAUUCAACACUAGAAUAAAAAUACAGUUGAAGUUGAAGUGAAUUAAAAAAUCAAAAUGAUGCGAAUACUUGACAGAAAAUCAAGCCAUAAAUCAUACUAUCAAGGAUUAAUACUGCUUUGGAUACUAUUGAUCAACAUCUCAGGCAUAUCAAGUUAUCAGUUACGUUCAAGAAAAAAUGCCCAUGUAAUGUCACCUCGGUCUGCUAUGCGUCUUCCAGCAGUUGAACGUGCUCGCAAUCUCAGCUGCAUAGAUCCUCAACCACGUGCUUAUCAUCUAAAAGACCUCAUGGAAAAUUAUGGAUUGUUACAUCCUAAAGAAUCACCAGAUCAACCGGCUUACCUAGUAGUUCGACGAUGUGAUGGACAAUCUGGCUGCUGUAGCAGUCCUGAUUUGGUUUGCAUGCCUGAAGCAAAUACUAUCUACUUUGAAGAGCUUGAAAUUCAACUCUGGAGUGUAGAAACCAAAAAACCAAUUCGCAAAAUUAUUAGUGUUGAACAGCAUUCAACUUGUAGCUGUGAACCGGCCAAUCAAACGGAAAGAGAAAAUUUGGAAAGAAGAAGACCUAAAAUCUCUUUGGUUCGAUCGUAGUCUAACAAAAAAAAAAGUGAAGGGUUGGUUUAAUGUAAAUUAUUAAUAAUCAUGGCUGUGAAAAUAUCGUGACUUUUUACCUGUAGACGUAAUGAUCGUCGUAAACUGUUCACACGUAGACAUAUCAUAUAAAUAAAAAAAUUCCAAAGACAUCAAAGAGAUGUGGGUGUAUGUCUAAGUGAUGAAAGAAGAGAAUCGUUUUCAGGUGGCGGCAAAUAUUCCGGGAGUAUUUGAUGUGAUUAUAAAUUUUUCACCGUCUAGACGAAAACAGAUUUGAGUUUAAUUUUGGCAAAUCGCCCAAACCAAAUGUUGACGUAGUUACUGUUGACUCGUGGUAUAGAUGUAUUUAGUUCAAGACAUGAUGGACACUUGUUGACAGCUUUGUGUGUUUUUAACGCGUGAAAAAUAUAAUAUUAUAAUUAAAAUAUAAUAAAUAUUCCUUCAGUAAAUAUCUAACAUCCAGUGAUCACAUAAAAAAAAUUUAGUUUGUGUUCUUCUAUAAUUGUUAAAGUUGAAGAGUUGUUUGAGUACUCUUAAGAUGUGACUGAUUUUUUAGUGUAAUAAAAAUAUGUAUUAUUCUCAGAAACAUUGUGAUAAUAAUUUAAAUAUAAUUAAAAGGAUAAAUUGUGACUUUAAAUAUUUAUCAAAAAGAUAUGUACCUGGUA